AUCUACUUCUGCAAAUCUAAGAAAAAGGGAUGGGCUUGCAAAAUAGGGUAAAACCUAAUUCAUAUUUUUGCGUUGACAUUUCACAUCCUCUUCCCCGAAGAAAAAUCCCUCUUAUCUCGGUCUUAGCAGGAAUUCUGUGGAUAACCAUGGCUGAACAGAAGAAGAAUGAACCAGUGUUCGUCAAGGUUGAGAAGCUGCGGCCAAUGGCUAGCGGGCUCAAUAUAACGGUGAAGGUUCUUAGUGUGAAGACCGUAGUUCCAAAGGGAAAUCUAAACCGUCCGAUGCGACUAGUUGAGUGCUUGGUUGGUGAUGAAACUGGAAUCAUCAUCUUCACUGCUAGACAUGAGCAAGUGGACCUGAUGACCGAGGGAGCUACACUAACCUUGCGUAAUGCAAAAAUUGAUAUGUUCAAGGGAUCAAUGAGGCUCGCAGUGGAUAGAUGGGGUCGCAUUGAAGUUACUGAACCUGAGAGUUUUUCUGUGAAGGAAGAUAACAAUUUAUCGCUUAUCGAGUUUGAACAGGUGAAUGUUUUUGGGUAAUUCGGUAGAGCAUUAACGCAUACAACAGUCUUAUUAUAUUUAGAAAUUUCAAUUGCUCUACUAUGUAUUUCUUGUAAUUCCAGUUGGUUUCAAAAGUUAUUGUUUACAACACCAUGAUUAAGAUUCAAUCUAGUUCUUAUGAUGCUUUCUUCAAGUGCA